AUGGUCCAAGAAGAUUUGUCAGUCCUGACCAGCAUGUUCAAGGAGACCAACAUUGCUGCCAGACUGAAAAGCGAUCUCCCGAAUGACCAUUUCCGGGACAGAGACCGGGACAGAGACCUCCCAUUGAAAGCUACGGAUAGCGACUGCAGCGAUGACACUGCGGGACAAAGCGUCGGGCAUAUUUUUCGGGAUGCUGGUACUCUUAUCGAGCAGUAUCACGGGAGGUGGACACUAGUCUCGCAAUGUCACGACUUUGCUGCUGAUGUCAAGCUCAGCAUACUACCUAAAAGUAAUGAAAUAAUACAUGAGGUAAUCGAGGGCCACAUCAGGAAACUCACACAGGACGCCGUGGUCGGUGACUCGGCAGACUUUGUCAAGGUAGCGGCAGGCGAGGCUGUUAGGCUGCCAUCGAAACAAUUCCUCAGUGCUAUUCUUGAAACCUUUUUUAAGCUUAUUGAUCACAACACGGAUAUCUUCGAGCCACAGAUAACUUACGAGGCCUUGGAACGCGUCUACAAAGAGCCAUUAGCACCCUCGUCGGAGGCUUGGGCGGUAUGUUUCAAUCUCAUCAUUCUCCUCGUCCUAGGCGCCGAGAGUCCAACCCUGAUUGACGAUCCAUUCAUUCGUCCUGCUCUGCAAGCAUCACAAGUUGCAAUAAAGAAAUCAAGCAUCUCUUUAGGCCCGAAGCUCAUUAACGUGCAAACACUGGCUCUAUUGAGCCUGUUUGCCCAUCACUGCCAGAACGAGGAUCUUGGAGACAGACUCUUCAUGCAAGCCUGUAUCUUAGCCAAAGCCAUGGGACUGGAUCAGUACGCGCAUGGCCUUCAACCGCCCGGCCUGUCCGAGAUUGAAGCAACAGAGAGAAAAAAGGUGUACGGAUCGCUUUUUAUCCGUGACCAGCAUGCUGCGGUUACUCGAGGGACGAUCAGCUGGUUACCAUACAAUCGCAAUAGUAUAUCUGCAGUCAACCUGCAUGAUGAUAACGAUCGUGCAGGCUCGAAUUGCCAGUCACGGCACGACCUCGCCCGGUUACAGAACGAGCUGCAAACGAUCCUCUCACCUGAAGCUUUAAGAAGUCAAGAUCAGCGUGUCGCACUCUGUGAGCUACGGGAUCGCCUGAUGGUUUGGUCACGAGAGAUGAACGUGCCUUCUUCCACAGCCCCUUCGACCACAGAGAAUGUGUCAAUACACCUGACAUUCCUAAGCACGCGUAUCCGACUAAACCAGACUCUGUAUAGCUGCGAUACCGGGGUUUCCAACCAGCUCUUGCACGACUCCCGACUGUGCUGCUUACUGCUAGUAGCAUCUUGCUGCAGGCCCGUCCCCUAUGACCUUUGGCAUAGACUCCAAAGUCUUCUUGGAGAAGCAGCAUCCAUGGCGUCGCCCACACAAAGUCGUCCCCCUGUGUUCACAUCUUCGUCGUCAUCAUCGUCAUCGUCAUCGUCAUCGUCAUCGUCAUCGUCAUCGUCAGCGGCAUCGUUGCCUUUGGCAGCCGCCGAUUCUGCUGACAUCCCUCAACACGCCCAGCUACGUCCUGCUCUCUCAAUUCACAGACUUUGGGCAUCGUUUCCUCCCGCAGCAGUGUUCAUCUUAGCUAGGAAUAUAAUGCGGAUUCAUCUGGUUCCCCCUUCGAGCAGCAGCCGCAAGCCACCAAGGUAUCAGCGCAAUGACAACCAACAGUGUGCGGAGGCCCAUCAGGAUCUCGUUUUAAUCGAUACCUUGAGACAGGUCACACAACCAGCAGACACCGCCGCAAUUUUUCGGCUGUCAAGCUGUACCAAUAAACUGGGCACGGUGAUAGAGGACAUCGUGGAGUUGUUGAGCGCGGCAACCAAACCUCGAGGCAACGUGAUGGACACUCUUACCCCCACGUCACUUCUGCUACAGGAUACCUCACGACCAUUUGACAUGGAAAGCCUUGAAUCAUACGGUCUGUCAAUUCAAGAGACGGCAGGGCUGCCCUGGCCUGAGUUAGGUGCGCCGGGUAUGGUAUCGACAUCUAAAUCUGGAUAUUCCUCAGCCGUCUCCAAGUGUGCUGGGGACGAGCAGGUCGACAUACCUCAAUUUCUAGGUCAUGUAACAAUGGAAGACAUGUCAUGGCCGAUAGAAUUUAGUGAUGGUGUGGUACAAGGGUAUCGAGGCUCUAGAUUUGGAGCCGCCAGAGAUGAAUCAUCUAGUAGGGGUAGGAAGAGGCCGAGAGAGUCGGCUGGCCGUGGUAACUCAAGUGACUACACGCCUGGUAGCAGACAUAGUAAUUGA